AUGGAAGUGGCGCAGGCGUGGGAGCUGUGCGUGCUCCUGCUUGUGGCUGUGGGAUAUGUCGCCCUCGGCGUCAACUCUUACCUCAACCGCCGCAUGCGCAAGCAACAGUCAAGGCGCUCCCAGGUCCUUUCGGAGUGUGAACACUGCUCUGUGGAGCUGGUCCAGAGCAUGGUGCCGGAGGUUUCAGUUCCAGAGUAUCGAUUUCGCGGGAUGCACCUGAAGAUGUCGUCCAUACACAUCGGCUUUGACAACGUCGGCGUGAAGUUGAAGUCGAAUGGGAAGUGCAUUCUCGAGGGUGUCUCUGGCGAGUUUCAGCCCAAGAGGGUGGCGGCCAUCAUGGGCCCAUCCGGUGCCGGAAAAACAACCUUCAUGAAUGCUCUUUGCGGCCGGGCCUACUACGGGACAGUGACGGGGGAGAUUCGCUUGAACGGUCGGACGGCCAGCAUUGCCGAGUUCAAACCUCUCAGAGGAUUCGUUCCUCAGGAUGACAUAGUGCAUGCUCAUCUCACUGUUCGUGAACAGAUCUUCUACUCUGCAAAGCUGAGAAAUCCAGAAGGAACAGCGCAUGAAGUGUUGGAGAACAUUGUCGAGGAUGUCUUGAAUGUGAUGCAGCUGCUGGACGUGCAGCACAGCUUGGUCGGGAAUGUGGAGACUCGCGGCAUCAGCGGUGGCCAGCGGAAGCGAGUAAACAUUGGACUCGAGCUAGCAGCGCGGCCGACAAUUCUGAUGCUGGAUGAGCCCACAUCUGGGCUAGAUGCCACGACAGCUCUUGAUAUCAUAAGGUCCCUGCAGAAGUUGACUGAGAUCGGCAUGACUGUGGUCAUGGUCGUGCACCAGCCACGAUAUUCACUUUUCACAUUGUUCCAUGAGGUGCUGCUGCUCGGCCUGGGCGGGCAGACUGUGUACCUUGGCCCGAGCACCGGUGCUCUUCCCUACUUCAAAAGUCUCGGCUUCAGAAUGCCUGAGCAUGAAAACCCAGCGGACUGGUUCAUGGAUGUACUUUCUGGGAAGGUCCGGAACGAAGAGACACCUUCACUCAAACAAACAGAGCUAGCCAGUCAUUGGAAAACACAGACCAAGCCUGCUCCGGAGCGUUCUGAGGGACGUCGCCAUGCAACAAAUCCAGAGGACAAGUUCAAGUUCCACAAUGCAGUGGACGUAAAACUGGAAUUGCUUGGCAUGGGGGGGAUCACUGAAAUCACUGGGGCGCACUUCUCGCAAAUACUCCAGUCAAGUGGAAUCGUGCCUUCGGAGCCAGCGCUUGUUGAGAUGAAGAAAAGGAUCGGCUUUGAAGAUGACUCAACCACCCGCCGUGGGCUGGCACGUUUCCUGUUGGGGUUGAGAAGUUCGUUUUCCCAUGAUGCAAUGUGUGACCUCCCGGACUGGGAAAAGGACAUGGAGCAAUCUGAAGGAUCCAUAAUUUCAGGAGCCAGCUCAUGCGCAACAGUGGACAAGAAGAUGGUGGGAAAGAGGGCGCACUUCUGGCCACAGUAUCGAGUCUUGGUCCACCAAAACGCCAUUCGCUGGGUCCGCUUGUGGAAGCAGAAGACGCUGAGCACAUUGCUUGUAAUAGCUGCUGCUAUCAUGUUCGGGGCGCAGUGUACCGACAAACUUGUGCCGGGAAAUAUACUGUGCCCAUUGAAGAUCAACCUUUCUCACUUGGCGGUGGGGCUGAUGGUUGGCAUAGCUUGCCUGCAAAUCUUUGGUGCUGAUCGGCCGACCUUUUGGCGUGAAAGCGCCAGUGGGGUGAGGGUGAUUGCCUUCUUCCUAGCACGAGUCAGCAUCUCAUUGUUUGAUGUGCUGCUGUGGACCUAUAUCUACACAGGAGUUUGGAUGGCUUGUGCCUCAGCUCCGUGUCCAUAUUGGAUGUGGCUGAUUGCUUUUCGCAUGACCGCAGUUAGUUCUGCCGGCAUCGGCGUGCUUCUUUCAGCCGUGGUCCCCGAGCAUAGCUCAACUCUAGCAACCGCAGUUACGAUUCUGAUCAUGGGCGGUGGCAUCAGUGAGCCACAGACAAUCUCAGAAGCAAAAGGUUUGCAGGAAGUCUUGGGGUUCCUGUCGCCUUUCACUUGGGCGAUUGGUGAGAACUACUUGGCCGUCAUUGACCUGCAGGGUGGUGAAGCAGCGGUCAUCGACUUCGCUGUUGACAUCGUAGAGGGCUACAAGAACAUAAUCCUUUCAUUGGGGGGUGAAUACCUUGGAUAUGUUACUGCAGCUUACAUUUCCUGUGGCGUCUUCGGCCUCUUGGCUUUGGUCUCCGGCUACUUGGCAUUGCGAUUUUCUUAUCGCGGGAAACAGGCGUGA